AUGACACACGCCAACCCCCUAACGACCGACAAAAUCAUCCUCUUCGGCGACUCCUUGACCGAGCAAAGCUGGAAUCAGGAGUUUGGCUUCAACCUCGCGCCAGCGUUACAACAUGAAUAUUUUCGCAAACUACAAGUCCUUACACACGGCUAUGGUGGAUACAAUAGCGAGCAUGCCCGACACAUUCUGGAUCCGAUGCUGGACGCCGAGACUGCCGGGGGCAGUCGAAUCAGGCUGCUAGUGAUAUUCUUCGGAACUAACGACGCCGUAGAAGUGGUGAAUACACGGCAACAUGUCCCUAUCUAUCGCUACGCAGAGAAUUUGCGGGUUUUGACUGAGAAAGCACUGAGCCGUAGUAUCUGCGUGGUCUUGGUUGGGCCCGCUCCCGUUGGGGAAAAUACAACGGAUCGGUCGAGUGAAAUCACCAGGCAGUAUGCUGAUGCUGCUAAGGGGGUCGCAGAAGAGCAGCAGGUUCCUUUCAUUGAUUUAUGGACCGCGUUUUACGAGUCCUUCAGAUCGUCUCCUGGAAAAGAUUGCCUAGGGGAACAUUGCAGUAAGGUCGAGGAAGCGAGUCAAGGCGCAAACAAAGGAAAAAACAUGUCCAACCUUUUCUCACCAGAUGGGGUGCAUUUCUCCGGUCAGGGAUAUCGCAUUUUCUACGAGCUACUGCUACACACGAUUCGGAAGUCAUACCCCGCCCUGCGGACGGAGAGUUUACCUUCGGUCCUGCCGCAUAUCUUCAAUGUCGAUCUGGACCAUCUGCCGGAAUCAUUAUGGGGCCCUGGACCCGCGGGGACGGAUUAA